AAAAUACAAUGAAUGCCAAGUGACUCAGGGGGAUUCAUGGAGUGAGGAAUCUGGGAGACACAAAGUGAUUAUGGUUAUAUAAGUAAUCCCCAUAGUGAGGCUCGGCCCAUAAUGUAUCCAAGGUGCAAUGAUAAAGGGAGGGAGGUUAAAACGAUGAGGUGCUUGAGUCUCGAAUGAGAUGGAGUGGGGAUCGUUUCACCCGCUUGCAGACUCGCAAAUAUGGAGAUAACUCCAUAGACCGUAGUCAGCUUCUGGUUCGCAAUAUGUAAGCACGUCAGGACAGCUCUACUAGUUACCGUAUCACAAUUGGGAUUAGAACAGGUGUCCGGCACUUCGAAGCCAGCAUGUCCAUGAUACUGCGCGAUAUCGGUUGGGAACCAAUCGGGUCGCCAACAAAGGUGAGUGGUUCCUAAUGAACGAAAAGCUGAGCCAAGAUAGAUACCUCACGAACAGAAAGAAGUUUCACAACAAAGCCCUCCCCGGAUGGCUCGUCCUACACACAUGGAGCGGCGAUAUUGAAAAUGAAGCGUGCUUCCCCGAGAAUUGGCUGAAAUGCAACGGGGUUUUAGUGGGUAUACCCGACCCUCCACGGUCGCGUGAGCCCCACACGGUGACCGCCGCUGGGUGGUGGCAGUUUGACGACACGAUGAUAUGGAUCUUGAGUAUUUCAGAUGCGGAUACAAUUAUUUGUGAAGCGAGACAAUGGCCACCAGGUGAACAACGAAUGUAUGAUGGUUCCGUGGAAACAGUGGGUAUUGUCUGGAUCACCAUGUUUCCGAUCCGAACAAAUGAGUAACGGCUAGUAGGAGACGUUUUAAACCCAGACAGCCAAAACGUACAAGUCUGGCACCACGUUGAAACCGUUCCCACUGGAUUGAACUUCCAUCUUCUAGAACGAACUAGCCAUCGGGCGAGCAUGCUGUAGGCAAGCUUCAUAAGCGAGCAGACCUCCCUAUCUUGAGCGUUUGGGCGCAAAAUUGAACUGUAGGGCAUGGGACGUAUGUACUGCCAGGCACAAAUCAUACAGUUCGUCAAGAGCGCGGUUGAGCUCUCCAUGAUCCCACGUGUG